AUGACGGAAGGUGACACGAAGAUGGAGAAUUUGAAGGUCUUGGACGCCAAAACGAUCGCCAAACGCUUGAGUUUUGAAUAUGACGAGGGACUGGUGGCCGAGCACAUUGUUCGACCACAGGCAGACCGAAUCUGCGCAUUUUAUCGUCUCUUCUUGAUGAAAGAAUUCGAAGUAACCGAGGAGAGCCUAUUCUGCAUACCAUUUCAAGCUCAACUGCAAGCAGAAGAGCACGAGGCGGAGAUGUUUCGAAACUCGUAUUCAACGCUACUUCUCUACAAAACACUUUCAUCCGUUUUCAAUGACGUAUUUGGAAUCGAGUUCACGAUGAGCGAUCUCAUCAACCCAGAACCGGACCGAACUCGCCGCCUCUUCUCGAUGAUCGUCCAUUUUGCAGAAGUCAUUCGACGUGUUGACGAGCCUGCGCGAAAAGUUCACGAGGAGCUAGAAGCGGAAAUGGAGAAGUUCAAAGAGAUGGAGAUUCAAUCGAGGGCACUGGAAGAAAAGCUAGUUGAAGAGCGCAAGAACGACGAAGCACGAAAACGACGUGAAAAUCAAUUAGCCGAAGAUAAACACCAUUUGAUGACUCAAGUGCGAGAAUUGACUCGCGACGCUGAAGCAUGCCGAAGCGACAUCACGACGAUUCUUGACGCAAUGGAGAAGCACAAGGCAAAAAUGCUUGAAGCCGAAACACGUAGCAAGGAGCUAAGCCAAAAAGAGAAAUACCUUCUCGAGGGGAUUAUCGAUAACCCAGCUCAGAUGCUUGCUGAAAAAGGGGAAUUGGCCAAACUUCGGGAUGAAUUGAAAGAAUCUUUACACAAAUCACGCACUGAAUUGGCCGAACUGAAAUCAGAAUGCGAGUUACACGGAAAGAUCAUCUCGCUAAUGGAAACUGGAAAAGGCGCAACCGAAGAAUUGAAACAAACGCGCAUGCUCUUCGAUCAAGUCAAUUUGGAGUUAGUGGCGCUAGAACGAGAGUUGGAGCACUACAUGUUGGAUGUCGAUGCAGCCACACAAGAUCAAACGGCAAAUGAAACAAAUCGAGUGGCUGCUCUGAACGCACAUGAAAAGGCAUUGAUUCAACAUAAUGAGAUGCUUCACGAAUUGAAAACUUCAAUCGUUAAAUUGAAUGAAGAAUUGGAAAAGCAUAAAGCCUCCGGCACUUCCAAAAACAAAGAAAAUGCCAAAGCAGACAUUCGUGAGAAGCAGCAAGAACUGAACCGCCUUCGAAAUGAAAUUGAACGCCGUCAAAGUAACUUCAAAUCCGAAUGGGCUGAGAUGUUCAGUCAAAUCGACAAAAUGAGACGCAAGGUUGAUAAAGGGUCGCAACGUUUUUCUACGCUCGUCAAUAUUCAUCAAAACACUUCACUUGCCAUUCAAGGAGCACUGAAGGAAGAAGGUGUCGAAGGACAUAACGGAUCAUUUGUUCACCUUGCCUCCCCUGUUAUUGAUCAUUGCGCGCGCACUCCAGCACAAUCAGCCAAGAAAUCGAUUCCACGAUUGCAGAACCUUUCUACUGCAGAUUCACCCCUCAACAACACUUUGAUUUUACAUGAAAUUCCACAGUCGGCAAAGAGAUUGUCUGGCGUGUCCAGAUCUUUUCAACGUGUCAAGAAAUCAGAAACAUAUGAUGGUGAGCACUCAUUCACUGGACCGCUUGGACGUUUU